GGGUAUCCAAUUCGGGCGCCAUGGGUGGAGCGGAGUAUGCACGGAUUGUGGAUGUUGAAGUAGGGGCUGUCGCCCCAGGAACUGUUUUCCUUCGUAGCAAUGGCGAGAGGAGCCGAAAGUUUGGAAGGGCAAGCGCUCUCAUCGUAUGUUGUGCAGCUGCUGCAUGCGUUGCGCUGCUAGGAGGACUCGGAAAGGUUCCACAGGAUGCCCUUUCGAUAUCCAAGAUCUACACGAACAAGGGGGAAGCGGCUUCUGCUCUAGCGAACAAGCAAGCGCUUAAGCUAGCGGCUUCUGCCAAUUCUCUUAGCUCGACAGCAGCAGGGAUCCUUCAGGAUGCUCGCAUGCAUGCCUCGCUCUCAACUGGCUACAGACCCACUGGUGCGCGGGAAACGGAGUUGUCAACAGCUCCUUCGAAGGCACAUAGCAGAGCGCACGCACAUGCUUUGAAGGAAGUGAUGAAGACAAUGCAUAGUGCACAAAUUUUGGCCUCGAAUGGCAGCAACACCAGCCAAGAGAAGUCGAAAGUCCUGGGUGCUUCAGGAGACAAAGUUUUUGGAGGGGCAAACAGCACAGUGGCUGGGUUUCUGGGGUUCAAGAAGGAUUCAGACCCCAACUUUCUGGGAAUCCCCUUCCCCAUCGUCAUGUUCAUCUUUGUUUUCUGUGGAGCCAUCGCUGCCAUUUCUGUGGGAUGCUUGAUCGCAAGGAAAACAGACUUGCUGAAGGUCAACAAGGAGGAGGCUGGUGGACCAGCACGACCAGUUGAUGAAGAGCCCGACACGAAAGGAUACAACUGGCGAAAUCAAGAAGAUUAGGUCUAAAAAAAGCUUGUCACGCCAACUAUUGUAGCCUGAGGAGGUUUUUUCAUUACCAGCUCCACUGAUGGUUUGAGUUCGCUCCAUGACGAAUUGGAAUGCCGAUUGAUGAAGAUAACGUAGUUACUCUUUUCAUUGUAACUAAAACUUUGUAACUAG